AUGGCUUGGAAGAUUGUGUCACUUUUUGGAAUAGCGCUUUUAGCGUUAAUCGAAGCCCACCCGCCGGUUUCGGAGCAGAGGGUUAAGAUUGAAAACGUGGGAAAAAAAUCGGAGCAUCAUGAAGGAUAUGCAUGGACGUAUCCAUCGUAUGAAUUCUCUUACGAAGUUAUGGACUCGCACACGCAUGAUUUUAAGGGACAUCAUGAAAAACGAAAUGGCGAUGAAGUGAAAGGAUAUUAUUGGCUUGUUCAGCCAGAUGGUUUUAAGAGAACUGUAAAGUAUCAUGCUGACAAAAACAGCGGAAUCGAAACACAUGUUGACUACACUAAGCAUUUAUCUUCAAAUGAAAAUAAUAAUGAAGAAAGCAACAAUGCUGAAGAAAAUGCAGGUAAUCAAGAAGAAAAUGCAAACCAGGAAAACGGGAGUGAAAAUGGAGAAAAUGGCGAAAAUGAAUCAAAUGAUAAUAAUGAGAAUUCAGGUAAUGAAGCUGAGGCCGAAAAUGGUGUAAAUGAAAACAACGCUCAAGAAAACUCUGAAACUGAAGCAGGCAAUCAAGAGCAAGAAGAAGGAAUUAAUAUGGCAGAAUUAGAAGAAAUUAGUCGCAACAACAAUGAAGGGUCCAGAAAUAAAGGUGCCGAAAGAGGCGGUCAAAGCCGUGGUAAAAAUCAUUAUGGACGUCGUAAUGAAGGCAGACGUAAUAACAACGAAAGUGGUGAAAAUUCACAAAGUCGCAAAGGUGAACAAAGAUACAGAGGCGAAAAAAAAUACCACAGCAAAAAUAAUUUAAACCAAGGAAAAGGUGGGCACAGACAAAAUGACGGUAAUGGAGAAGAAGACGAACGUGAAAAACAACAAGGGAUGUGGAGACGAGUUGUAGCUAAUUUAUGGGGUCAAAGACGCCGUAAUGAAGACACAAGACGAGGAGGUGAAAAUAACGAAAAUGAACAAGAAAACAAUAGUCGCGAAAGCAAUAAUGAAAAUCAAGAAGAAGGUGAUAGUGGUAGUAACGAAGAAGAGAAUGGAGAAAAUACAGACCAAGAAAAUCAGCAAGUAAAUGAGAACAACAAUGGCGAAGAAAGUAAUGAAAAUAAUGAAGGAGGUAACGAAGGGGAAAAUCAAGAAGGCGAAAAUAAUGGUAACGAACAAAAUGGCGAAAAUGAAAAUGGAAAUGAAGAAACCACCGUAAAUAGUGAAAAUAGUAAAGAAAUUCGAAAGAAAAGUGAAUACCAUAUUGUUUUGGUGAUUUGCCUAUCAGGCUAUGUCCAAAGUGAAAGGGGUGCUAUAUCAGAACAAAGAGUGGUAAUACACCAAUUAAAAUCUGAGCAAACUAACAAACCCUUUCAAGACGGAUCAAAGAAAUCAGAGUAUCGUGAGGAAUAUGCUUGGUCUUAUCCUUCUUAUGAAUUCUCAUAUAAAGUAAACGAUCCCAAAACCAAAGACAUAAAAGGGCAACAUGAAAAGAGACACGGUGAUGAAGUAAAAGGAUUGUAUUGGCUAAUUGAACCAAAUGGUCAUAAAAGGACUGUCAACUAUCAAGCUGAUGAUAAUAAUGGAUUUAAUGCUCAAGUUGAUUAUACCGCUAAGCAACAAAGUCAAGAAUAUGAAUCUAUAAAUAUUGACGAAAAUAAUGAGGUUGAGGAAAAAGCUAAAGAAAUAAACGAGACUAAUCCCUCGAACGAAGAAAACAGCAAUAGUGAAAAAGAGAAAGAGAUAAUAAAUAAUCAAGCUAAUGUCAAGGAACAAGCAGAUUUAGAAAAAAGUAAUAUGGAGGAGCAAAAUAACGCUAAAUCACAUGACAAUAUUGAUACCGAUGGAGGUGAAAUUUCUUAUCAAAAUAAUAGUAACAAAGAAAAUCAAAGCAAUGAAAAUAAUAAGAUGAAUGUUAGUGAAAACAAUAAAAGCGAAUGCUGUUCUGAGGAUAUAGAAAAUGAAAAUAGCAAACCAGUUUACGAAGAAAACCAAGAAAAAAAUAUAGAACAUAAUUACCGUCGAAAAAGCAGAAACGAUAAUACGAGCAAACUAAGUGAAAUAAAAAGUAGCAAAUAUGGGAGAAGUCGAAUUACUCAAGAUAAUAGUAAAAUUAGGUAUCGAGAUAAUAACGAGCAAAACAGAAAAUCUGGUGCAUAUUCUGCAAAAGGUGAGAAUAAUCAGAAACAUGCAACACGCGCAUCACGAGGCAGUAAGAACAAAGAAGCUGAUAUAGAUUUAAAAAAUGAUAACGACGAGAAGAAGGAACAGUCUAACAAUCACGAAAUACGUUUCGCAACCUUAAAUGCUAAGGAAAAUUUCGCUCCUAUUAAUAAAAAUAUCAAAGAAAACAAGAGUAAUAGAUUCGAACAUCGUAUUCGCAUCCAUCACCCUGAACCUAAGGGUGUAGUACUCGUCGUGGUCUUGGUGAUUGGUGUCAUUAUAGAAGAAGGGAAAUGCGAACCGUCCACUCUACAGGCGACUCUCAACAAUCAAUAUUAUUUAGGAUCCGGGGUUGGCCAGUUAAACUUAGAAAAUUACAAUGACAAAGAUCACACUUUAAGUGAAGAAGAAAACAAGAUCGUACAGGAUGUCUACAGUCCAGACUACUAUGAGCCCAACAUUAUAUUAGACUACAGAUAUUUGAAAACGGGCGGUAGAGGUUACGUCAGAAGCGACGGAGGGCAGAUCCUUAUUCUACCAAAGCGAAACCACAUGCCUAAUUUAUACAACAACUAUGAUACUCUCAUUGAAUACUUGCGCCUUAAGCAUCAAAAUCAAGUAAAUCAAUACUGGAAAAUUGACCCUCAGCAAACAUCGAAAGGGGAAGAUGAUAUUUACAGAUCGUAUACCGACAAAGGCUGGGCCGCAUAUAUUCGUUAAAUCUCUUAUGACAAAAUAAUAUUUCAUAUUCUAAGGAAAUA